AUGGGGGCCUGCCUGGGGGCCUGCUCCGUGCUCAGCUGCGUGUCCUGCCUCUGCGGCUCUGCCCCCUGUGUCCUGUGUAGCUGCUGCCCCUCCAGCCCCAACUCCACCGUGACCCGUCUCAUCUUCACGGCCUUCCUCUUCCUGGGGGUCUUGGUGUCCAUCAUCAUGCUGAGCCCCAGCGUAGAGAGUCAGCUCCACAAGCUGCCGUGGGUGUGUGAGGAGGGGGCCACAACGACGCCCGUCAUCCUUCAGGGCCACAUCGACUGUGGCUCCCUGCUCGGCCACCGCGCCGUCUACCGCAUGUGCUUUGCGACGGCGGCCUUUUUCUUCCUCUUCACCCUGUUCAUGAUCUGUGUGCACAGCAGCCGGGACCCCAGGGCUGCCGUCCAGAACGGAUUUUGGUUCUUUAAGUUCCUGAUCCUUGUGGCCAUCACCGUGGGCGCAUUUUAUAUCCCUGAGGGCUCCUUCUCCAACAUCUGGUUCUACUUCGGUGUCGUGGGCUCCUUCCUCUUCACCCUCAUCCAGCUGGUGCUGCUUAUCGACUUCGCUCACUGCUGGAACCAGCGGUGGCUGUGCAAGGCAGAGGAGUGUGACUCCCGGGCCUGGUAUGCAGGCCUCUUCUUCUUCACCCUCCUCUUCUACACGUUGUCCAUCACGGCCGUGACGUUGCUGUUCAUCUACUACACUCAUCCCGGCACCUGCUAUGAAGGCAAGGUCUUCAUCGGCCUCAACCUCACUCUCUGCUUCUGUGUCUCCAUUGUCGCCGUCCUGCCCAAGGUCCAGGAAGCCCAGCCCAACUCAGGUCUGCUGCAGGCCUCAGUCAUCACGCUCUACACCAUGUUUGUCACCUGGCUUGCCCUGUCCAGUGUCCCCGACCAGAAAUGCAACCCCCACCUGCUGACCCGCUUCGGCAACGGGACGAUCCUGGCGGGCCCUGAUGGCUACGAGACUCACUGGUGGGAUGCCCCGAACAUCGUGGGACUCAUUGUCUUUAUCCUGUGCACGCUCUUCAUCGGGCUGCGCUCCUCAGACCACCGGCAGGUGAACAGCCUGAUGCAGACAGAGGAGGGCCAGUCGGCGCCAGAGAUCAUGCAGCAGCGGCAGGUGGUGGCAGAGUGCCGGGGCCAGGCCUACGACAAUGAGCAGGACGGUGUCACCUACAGCUACUCCUUCUUCCACUUCUGCCUGGUACUUGCAUCCCUGCACAUCAUGAUGACCCUUACCAACUGGUACAGACCUGGCGAGACCCGGAAGUUGAUCAGCACGUGGACCGCCGUGUGGGUGAAGAUCUGCGCCAGCUGGGCGGGGCUGCUCCUUUACCUGUGGACCCUGGUGGCCCCUCUCCUCCUGCCAAACAGGGACUUCAGCUGA